AUCCCGGCCGUCACACCACUCACUCACUGACUGACUGAGCAAACUGAGCUGACAGCAGCAGCUUCUCCAUCAACACGAGCAGCAGCAGCAGCAUGUGAAUGGCGGCAGAAGGCAGCAGCAGAGUUGUCACAGAGGCGCAGGAGGAGCUCCAAACCUCCGGAGCUGUCAGCGCUCACACGCACCGCGGCGCACAACGCACCCGGAGUCACAACACAGCGCACGUCCAGCAGUUCCAGCUCUGGACGCACAGCAGCAGCACCAUCACCACCACCACCACCCAGCGGCAGCAGCAGCCUCACAGAGCUCACACAAGGAGCCACCACGAUCACUUCGGCGCUCCGACGCACGCAACGUACAGCCUCAGCCUCUCAGCCAUGACCAAAGGGGAGCGAGGAGCGCAGGGCUCCGGGGGGAAACUCAUCAAGCCCAGUGAGCCGCUGUUCCCCAAAACCUCUCACCAGACCGACCUGAGCCAGAAGCUGUCGUUAUGCAGUAAGCUGUGUUUUGCGAUCGGCGGCGCACCGAAGGAAGUGGCAGCCAGCGCCACGGCCUUCUUCCUGCAGAUCUACCUGCUCGAUGUCGCUCAGAUCAACGCCUUCCAGGCCUCCAUGGUGCUGUUCAUCGGUAAAGCCUGGGGGGCCGUGACCGACCCCGUCGUCGGCUUCUUCAUUACGAAGAGCAGAUGGACCAAGAUCGGCAGACUCAUGCCCUGGAUGGUGGGUUGCACUCCGUUCCUGGUGGUCUCCUACUUCUACCUCUGGUUCGUUCCUCCCUUCAACGGCGGCAGGUUCAUCUGGUAUCUGGGCUUCUACUGCCUCUACCAAACCCUCAUCACUUGUUUCCACGUGCCUUACUCUGCCCUCACCAUGUUCCUGAGCACAGACCAGAAGGAAAGAGACUCGGCCACUGCCUACCGAAUGACGAUGGAGGUGCUGGGGACGCUGGUGGGCGCCGCCAUCCAGGGCCAGAUCGUGGCCAGCGCUCACACUCUGAAGCACUGCCCCACUCACAACAUGUCCGCCGGUUACCCCGGCAACAGCAGCGGCACGGAGGUCGUCAAGAGCCUGGUUCGCCCCCAGGAUUACCUGUCACACGCUAAGGAGGUUUACAUGAUCGCUGCUGGCGUCAUCGGAGGAGUGUUCGUCAUCUGCACGCUGGUGAUGUUCCUGGGAGUCAAAGAGAGAGACGAUCCGUAUGCCCCAAAGACCGAGAAGCAGAUCCCGUUCCACCAGGCCUUCAUCCUGGUGAUGAGACACGGGCCGUACCUCACUCUAACCGCCGCAUUCCUCUUCAUCACUGUCGCCAUUCAGCUGGUUCAGAGCAACUUCGUCCUCUUCUGCACUUACGCUGCCGACCUGAGGGAUCACUUCCAGAACAUUGUGCUGACUAUCCUGGUUUCUGCAGUGAUAAGCAUUCCGCUGUGGCAAUGGUUUCUGCAGAGGUACGGGAAGAAGACGGCCGCUUUCUGUGGUAUCACAUGGAUCAUGCCCUUCACGCUGAUGCUGGUGUUCAUUCCUAACGUGGUGGUGGCCUACGUUGUGGCGGUCUCCUCUGGACUCAGUGUGGCUGCAUCACUUCUGCUGCCAUGGUCGAUGUUGCCAGAUGUGGUGGACGACUUCAGGCUGGCCAACCCCUACUGCAAAGGCCACGAGGCCAUCUUCUACUCCUUCUACGUCUUCUUCACUAAAUUCGCCGCCGGCAUCUCCCUGGGAGUGUCCACCCUCUGCCUGGAGUUUGCAGGGUACGACACCGGCGCCUGCAAGCAGCCCGCUCCCGUGGUCUACACCCUGAAGCUGCUGAUUGGCGCCGCCCCGGUGGCCUUCAUCGUGACGGGGUUAAUGAUCCUGCUCCUCUAUCCCAUCAGCGAAGACGUACGGCUCAGGAAUAAACUCUGCCUGGAGGAGCUACGGAAUCAAAGCGUCAGCUCCAGAACUGUGGAAGAUUUGAGUAAUGUGUGACCUGGAUCUUGAAUGGAGUGAAUUUCACAAAAAAAAAAACAGAAAAAAAAAAGCCACGGAUUCCAGUGAUGCAGCUGGAAGGUUGUUCUUUAGUGUAUAUUACACUGAUAAAUAGUUAAAUUGUUUUAAUGUAAACAUUUUUUGUUUCAUUUUCACAUGUACUGUAUAGUCAUCUUGGAUAUAUAAAUAUAUAUAUAUAAAAUAAGACUACCUAAUUUAUAUAAAUGAAUGUAUAUCAUUAAUUGCCGUGUUUAGCUCUACAACACCGUUAUUUAUUUAUGAUUCCAGAAAGGAUUGAUGACAUGAAAUCAAUAAAUGUUGUAGAGAUUGAUUGGUAGACAA